AUGGAAGCAGAUUAUCUGCUAAUAUCUUCUCUCGAGACGCUGAAGUCGCAUCUCCGCUUUCUCCUCACGCUGCGCUCGAGAGAGGGACAUUACCGCUCUCUGAUACUUUUUCGCUUGUCGCUGGUUCAGAAUGGCGCCAGCAAGCCCAACGAAACGGAGUACGGCCAGCUCUAUGCAAUGGAGGCCAAUUGUCCUCACUUAGGUGCCGAUAUGUCGCAUGCCGAAAUUGAGGAAUGCGAUGCAGGCCUCGUGGCUGUCUGCCCUUGGCACCGUUACGAUUUUGACCUGCGUACAGGAGAGAGCGAGACUGGCCUCAAAGCCUGCACGUACGCUGUGCAGGUGCGCGUAGAUGAAGAUGGCAUACGCCGUGUUUGGGUAGAGACACCCGAGGACGGCACUGACUGGCGGCUCGUUGAGCUCAGACCCGUUUCAGAAGACUUUGCCGACCCCCCUCCUCCCCCAGAUUUGUCGCGUCUCACGAUCACAUCAUCUUCCGACGAUAGGUCGAUAUCUUCUCCGACAGAGCCUGUUGUACCUGUUGAGGGCGCUCCGACGACGCUGAUACAGUGGGCUGUCCUUAUCCUUAAUACCUCCAACCCAACCCUUAAGGUUGAACGCACUCGGCAUGCAGUGCAAUUAUUCCGCACUGGACAGCUCAAGACGAUCGGUCAUCGGUCGGCAACUGCACCUCGCCCUCCGGACGUUCCCCCUCGAGAAGACAGCUUUGCGCGCAAUAUGGUCGAUCCCGCCAAGGUGACUCAUCGCAAGAACAGGGCCGCCAUGCUUCAUGCCCUGGCAAACAUUGAGCAAUGGGCGAUUGAUUUAGCGUGGGACAUUAUAGCUAGAUACGGUCCCGCUCACCCCGACCUUCCGCCCGCGUUCUUCUCUGACUUCACCAAGAUGGCGUUGGAUGAGUCUAAGCACUUCUCGUUGCUUGUCGCACGGCUCGCGGCGCUCUCCCCCGGCACGCCAUAUGGGUCGCUUCCCGUACAUGCGGGUCUCUGGGACUCCGCGAGCGCGACUUUCAACUCACUGCGUGCAAGACUCGUGAUUAUCCACCUUGUGCACGAGGCGCGUGGGCUAGACGUGAACCCGGGCACGAUUGCGCGCUUCCGACGAGCGGGCGACGACGAGAGCGUGCGCGCGCUCGAGGUGAUCCAUCACGACGAGGUGACGCACGUCACGACCGGACACCGUUGGUUUACGUGGCUCUGCACGAAGCAGGGCGUUGAUCCGGUGCAGACAUUCAGGGACGAGGUACGGAGGUGUUGGAGGGGCGAUGUCAAAGGGCCCUUCAACGUGGAGGCUCGAGAGAUGGCGGGGCUCACGCCGCAAUUCUAUGAGGAUCUCAAGGGUGAAAUGCCGCUAGUGGAUCAGGCCAGUAAGUAAGGUUGUUGUGUGUGUCUCGUAGGCGAAUUACUGCUGGGUAGCCACACAACCAGUAAGUGUCGGUGUCGUAGAAACGCUCGCUGAAAUUUCAGGGAACAUCUCGUGUUCUACCCGUCAACUAAACAUCCUACCUGGAUCAGUGUUUUAUGUUACUGACACCUUUGUUACCUGUCAAGCACGCCUGUGUGUUGCACUGUAUUUCGGCGAUUGCAAGUAGUCGGCCCGGAAUUUUCAAUUUCGAUAGCACUCGUGUAU